GGACACGAUUUCAGACGUCACCGUUGUGCUUCGGUUAUCGCCAAGCAAAAAUGUCUGCCUAAGGGAAACUCGCAAGUUAUAUAGUGGAUAUUUGUCAUAUACAAUCGCAAGAGAUACCGAUUUCAUUAUCUGUCCGACGCGAGACAAGGAUCCCCACGCCGUCACUGGCACACCCGAUCGCCCUAGUUGGAUUUUUGACAACAAAAAAGAUUUAGAAAAGGAUCGUAAGGAUGAACCCUCAGCAGCGGAUUGCCGCUAUCGGGACGGACAAGGAACUGAGUGAUCUGCUGGAUUUCAGCGCGAUGUUUUCACCACCUGUAAACAGUGGGAAAAACAGGCCGACCACUCUUGGAAGCAGCCAGUUCAGCACAACAGGUAUGGAUGAGAGGACAAGCCAAGCAUCAUGGGCCUCAGGUGGCCAGUCCAGCCCGUCCUAUGAGUCCUCCAGGGGGUUUGGAGACAGCACUCAUUAUGCUGAUCACUUGAGUGACAGUCGAUUAGUGUCCCAUGAAGGAUUGUCCCCAACACCUUUCAUGAGCUCCAGCACAAUGGGCAAGUCUGAGAGGCCUCCGUUCUCUGGUUAUGGAAGAGAGCCAGGCGUUUCUGGAUGCCAGUCCAGUAUGAGGUCAGACAUGGGGCUGGCGAGUCCGGGGCCCGUCACCACCUCUGGGAAGUCGCCCACUCCAUUCUACUCUUAUACUGGCUCCAAUCCACGAAGACGCUCCCUACAGGACUCUGCUUCACUAGAUCCGCUGCAAACAAAGAAAGUGCGCAAGCCCCCUCCUGGCCUGCCUACAUCUGUGUAUGCACCAUCUCCCAGCUCAGAUGACUUCAACAGAGACUCUCCAUCCUACCCGUCCCCCAAACCCCCCAGCAGUAUGUUUGGAAGCACUUUCUUCGACGGGACCCCCAAUUCCUCUGACCUGUGGAACUCUUCCAGUGGGAUCAGCCAGCCAGGCUAUGGGGGAAUGCUGGGAGGAUCUUCAUCUCACAUGCCACAGUCUGGAAACUACAACAACUUGCACUCACACGACAGCCUGAACUACCCACCGCACUCGGUGUCGCCCACAGACAUCAACGCCAGCCUGCCACCCAUGUCCAGCUUCCACCGUGGCAGCACCAGCACCUCACCCUUUGUCACCGCAUCUCACACCCCGCCAGUCAACACCGCAGAGGGAGUUAUGGCUGCUGCCAACCGAGGGAACGCCACUGGAAGCUCUCAGACUGGAGACGCGCUGGGAAAAGCCCUGGCUUCGAUUUAUUCUCCUGACCACACCAGCAGUAGUUUCCCCUCGAACCCCUCCACUCCAGUGGGCUCUCCCUCUCCUCUGACGGCUCAGGCGGGAGCUGGCUCAGCAGGUACAGUGGUGACGGCCAGCGGCCCCACAGGAAGGGCAGGUACAACACAGUGGCCCCGCGCAACCGGACAGGCACCUUCCUCCCCAAACUAUGAGAACUCCCUUCACUCUCUGUCUCGGAUGGAGGACAGGCUGGACGAUGCAAUCCGUGUCCUGCGGAAUCACGCCGUGGGCUCCACUGCCGCCCUGUCCAGCGACAUCCACAGCCUGUUAGGACAAGCGCACAACGGGCCAAUCUCAGCCAUCGGCAGCAGUUUCCCAGCUUCUGGAUUGGUCGCCAACCGAACAGCACAAAUGGGCUCUGUUCACCGCGAAGAAACCGUCAGUCUGAACAACAACCACGGCAGCCUGCAGGCCAACGCCGGUCCCCCCUCCAGCUCGGAGCUCAACCACCAAGCAGACACCUUCAGAGGACUCGUUAGCGCUCUGGUCAGUCAGGUUGCUCCUAAUCUGGACCUGAAAGUCGAGGAUCAUGAAAAAGAUGAAAUGCAUGAUAGCCACUCCUCCGACGACCUCAAAUCAGACGACGAGAGUGAAAAAAGGGAUAUGAAGCAGAAUCGGGGAAGCACUCGAACAAGCAGUAUCAAUGAAGAUGAGGACCUGAACCCUGAGCAGAAGGCAGAGCGCGAGCGAGAGAGGAGGAUGGCCAACAACGCCCGUGAGAGGCUGCGCGUCCGGGACAUCAACGAGGCGUUCAAAGAGCUGGGCCGCAUGUGUCAGCUGCACCUGAAGAGCGAGAAGCCCCAGACCAAACUGCUCAUUCUUCACCAGGCCGUCGCUGUCAUUCUCAGCCUCGAACAGCAAGUCAGAGAGAGGAACCUAAACCCCAAAGCAGCCUGCCUUAAGAGGAGGGAGGAAGAGAAAGUGUCAGGGGUUUCAGGUGACCCCCAGCAAGCCCACCCGCCUGUGCACCCGGGCCUCACAGACACAUCCAACCCCAUGGGCCAUCUGUGAACAGCCAGAUCAAAUGGAUCCCGAUGGAGUGUGUUAGACAGAGUCGGUGACCUUGCUUUCCACGGGCGGACAGGACUCGCAGUUUGUGACACAAAUUUGAAAAGACAGACCACUCGAAGCAAAAUUCCACCGUUAAGCAAUCCUGAGAUAGAAGAAAAACCUGGCAAGUGCCCAGCUCCCCGUGAAGACAUCCCAUAUCCAUAAGCGACUUUCCGCCCACCAGAGAAAAAAAUCAAGCAUCAAAGCCCCUCAGCACAUAUCGCCGUCUGCAAGCCGUGUGCCGCAGCUGUACAAUCAGAGACUGUCGCCACCCCUCCACCCUGGACGUGGAAGUUGCCUUGUGCCUAAACUGAAUUGACGAAUGCAUUGUAACAGUUUUAUUUUUUGUUUGUUUUUUUUCCUAUUUAUUAUGUUACUGAGCUGUAAGUCUGUGUUUAAAGGGAACGUUCUGACAUCGCUAUGAGAAGCUGGUGGCGUUUCAGUAGAUCUGCAGUUUGUCGUGUGCUGUCCGCAGCCUCUCUCCUGUCGGGCCUCUCCAAUCGAUGAGAUUAACAUAUUCAGAUCAUAUUCCAUGCCCUCGCGAAAGAUUCGGAUGGUGUUUGAACAUUCAAAAGACUCCAGGAUCCCCGUGUCUGAAAAAAGAAACAAUAUAUUAUUUAUAUUUAUCAUACGUUCAUUCCACAAAUAGCAGCAUGAGAAACCACACCUACCUAAUUCUGUACAACUCCGAGUCCUCGUCACAGACAGAAAGUUAUGAAUGAGGCGGAUUGGGAUCGGCCUGUGCUUUUUCGACUAGAUUCCCUGUGUCGCGGAGAUGAUGGUGGAACGGCAAACUCUGGCUUUACUGAAAGGUCAAAGGUCAAACACAAGCUGGCAUGUUUCUACUCAUUAGUGAGCAGGACAGAUACGGUAAGCAGAAAGAUACAAAACCCCAGCAUUCCCUGCAUAUUUCUUAGUGUCUUAAACGGGGAAGGGGACGCAGUCUCGUCCUUUUGAUUCCUUUGCCAUAUAGUGUUAUGGGUAAAGAGAAAGAGGGAUUUCCGAUUCAGUUGUUUUGUAUUGACACGUUACUUUAUUUGGUGGAACAGCCGUACUGAGGAACCUCUGUUAUACCAUGAGACAUGGCACUGUUGGAUUUCAAACGAAGACCAUUCAUUCACCUGGCCUGAACUGAAGUUUUGUUUUGUGUUCUUUUGUUUUUCUAAAACCAUUAACAAUUAAAAAAAAAAAAAAAAAGAGAGAGAGAGAGAGAGAGAAAUACUUAAAGUAACCACAUGUUAUUUUUGUUUAUUUGUAAUUGUAUACAAAGCAACUCUCUAGGCUUCAUAGUACAGCGUAUAUUUGUCGUGUGAAAAUAGAAGGAUGUUCUAAAUUUCUUAGAAUGGCUUUGUCUUUCCCUUCGUGCAUUGAAAUACUUGAUACUUGAUCAGCAGAAUGUGAGCGCAAUGUCUGUUCGUAAAAGAGAAACGCUGUGAAGCAUUCAAAUCAGCAAACAGUGGAAAUGAUGAACAAAGCCAGUUUGGAGCAGGAUUUUUCUCAGCCGUUACUUGUUUUCUUUGUAAAUCUAAAGCAAGCAGCAGUCACCACUUUCAUUUUUUAAAGUAUGCGUUUUUCUUUAAGACCAAAACUUUUUUUUUUUUUUUUUAGUCUUGCUUGGAAUCUCUUUUUCUGCCCUGUCUGUCUUCCAUGUGUUCACACACCAUUGAAACAAGACUGCCACCUUCUCCAGUGAAUCACUCUCUCAAAUACAAAGUCAAAAGAACAAAACUUAAGGAAAGAUUUCAGAACAUCAGCAUUAUUUUCUCUUUCUUUGCUCUAUGGAGAGUUUCCUUCCUUAACAAAAUUAUUGUGAAAUCCACUAGUCUUUGUGGCCUUGUUAUACAUUUCAGUAUUCAAGAGCUUGUAUUUUUGCCGGCUAAAAAAUGAAUCAAGGUUAUGAGUCAUCUUUUUGUCUGUUGUUUUGUUUUGCCUGUUUUUCUCCCCCGUUUCUUUUUUCUGUUCUGUUUUCCUCUGUUGGAUAUGUUAGAUUUUGCUGUAUGCCCUGAUGCUUUCCCUCAUAACAGAAAAGGAUAAAAAAAGACAAAAAAAAAAAAACAUUUGGCUUAUUUUUCAGUAUAGUUAGUCUUUUAUACAAUAAUAUUGUAAGAACAUUUCUUGAAUUCUAAAUAUUACUCUUUCUAGAUUUUUGAAAUCAAAAGUUUUGAGUAAAAAAUUUCUUACUUUAUUUUACUAUAUUAGAUAGUAAAACAAAAAAUGUACGGUUAUUUACCAUAACCUUUCCAUUAUUAUAAAAAAAGACUAUGGAUAGCAUCUUAAGAACAUAAGUAGGAUUGUAGCUGGCAGUCUAGUACGUAUGGGGUAUUGUACGAGCUCUCCAUCUCUGUGUCCAGUCUGCAUUGUUGGUUGAUGAACGAUUUGUACCCAUGUCAAAAUUCAAGGUAUUGUCAAUGCACCUCAGAAAACCAGCAGUAAGAAGUCAAAUUCUUUUUUUUUUCUGUCUCUGUAACAGAAAACACAAUAUGUAUAUAACAUUUAUGUAGCAAUAAAUGUGCCAUCUUUUUUCAA